GGAACACUUCAUACGUCUUUCGAUGUCAAUAGCGCUCGUUAUAACGACGGCGACACUAGGCGUCGCUGGAGGCAGGCCUCGACCGCGAUGUAAGGACGAACGAAUAAUGCAUUCAUUUGAAACAAUAGACUACGUUUGGACAAACGACACAGCACGCCACAAGGCGCUGGAAAACGAGGACUACAUCCCGCAUAAUAAUAUCAUUAGUGGAAUAAAAACGUACAAAAACAAUGUUUACGUCACUGUUCCAAGAUGGCGGCGGGGUGUCCCUUCAACCUUGAACAGGGUUGUCGUGAGGAAGGGGAUUUCGGUGUUACAGCCAUUUCCGAGCUGGGAGGCGCAGAAGAUUGGAGACUGUCGCUUCCUUCAGUGUGUACAGAGUAUGGAGAUUGACCCGAACACUGGCUGGAUGUGGAUCAUUGAUACCGGUAGGAUCAACUUCUUCGCCGCUGAUGGAACACCCACACAAAACAUUUGUCCGGCUAAAAUUGUGAUAUACGACAUAAACAAAAUGACGGAGAUAACUCGUCAUGUAUUCCCCAACAGUGUAGCAAAUCGUAAUAUAACAUUCCUCAAUGACAUAGUCGUUAUGUACAGGGGAUCUAGUCCGAGAUACGCUUUUAUUUCGGAUACCCUCGCAUUCCGAAUGGUUGUGUAUGAUAGAAUUCGUAACAGGUCACAUUUCUUCUCCCACCCAUCUAUGCUACCCGAACCAGGCAGGGGAAACAUCACCAUCUUGGGAGAAACGUUGACCUUGUCUGCUGGGAUAAAUGGCAUCGCACUGUCUGCGGACAUGAAUUAUAUUUAUUUUGGGUCCCUUUCUGGGCAUAGUGUAUAUCAGGUAUCCUCACGUAUUGCACGUAACCCACGUGGGAAUUUUGCAAGAUUUGUCCGAAAGGUCGGUGACAAACCUUCACAAGCUGAGGGAAUGGUGUACAGCAGGCAAAACCGCUUGUAUUUCUCUGGUCUUGAGCUUAAUUCAAUAUACAGAUGGGACAUCGAUCGAGAUAGAAAAAAUCAAAGGAAGUCGUUCCGAAGGGUGAUGAUGAAAUCCGUCUCUAAGAUAUUAUCCAGUGAUACCUGUAUGAACUUCGUCGACAUUUUGACAUUCGAUACAGACGGAUAUCUAUGGUUUACUGUUAACAAACUCCAUAAGUACCUCCUGCAAUCUAUGGACUUUACCGGAAGUAGUGGGCCGAACGUGUUGAUCUGGAAAGUCUACGUAGGAGAGAUUGGCUACCUAGAUCGACGGAGAAACAUUGAAUCAGCACAAUACAGACGACCGUGUUAUGGCGCCGUAUCCAACCAGUGUGGGUAACAUUGGACACACAAGUUACAGUAAAGUACAUGAAUGUAUCUUUGUGGCUGACGCUGCGGUUCUCUCCACACUCCCAAUGUGACCACAUAGACAAGAGAUACAUUCAUGUGUGUGACCCUUGGUUUACAGUAAUCACUCCAUGCAGACGCCUCAGUUAUAAAUGUAGCCCAAAUUACUUGACUGGUUGCCUGCCUUAGUUUUCAACUUUCUGUUUGGCUUCUCUUCAAAGUUCAUGAGCGCAGCCUAGAUGAGAGAAAUGGUACUAAAGCAGAUAACCUAAGUCUAUAUCUACGCAGGCACGGGAAAUCCAUUCAAACCAUGCAGGAAAUCCAUUCGGACGCCUCGGAUGUGUUUGUGACACUGAGUAAUUACUUCGGAUGUGUAUUUGACCACAGUGCUGGUGAACUUACGACUUCUUGUUUAUAUAUGUUACAUGCAUUUUGAUUAAUAAAUGUGUCCACAUCGCCACAGGCACAUAUUUAUCAC